AUGGUGGCACCGCUACGAAAUGGUCUGCUCCGGCAGGCAGCGACAUGUCUCCGCCAACAACGGCCCACGCCCAUACGACCCAUCUCCCGCGGUGCGCUUCGACGACUGGCCUCCACACUUGCAGUCCUCGAACAACGAGAAGGCAAACUGAACAUGGGCUCCCUUGCCUCGAUCUCCGCCGCCCAGAAGCUCGGAGGUAGGAUCCACGGCUUCGUCGCCGGUCCCAACAUCAAGAGCGUCGCAGACGAAGCGGCAAAGAUCGAUGGCUUGGAGAAGGUCAUAUACGUCGAGAACGCAGACUACGAGAAGGGACUUCCCGAGAACUGGGCACCACUCCUCGUGGAGAACAUCAAGAAGGGUGGUUACAGCCAUGUCAUGGCAGGCCACUCCGCGUUCGGCAAGAACUUGAUGCCUCGCGUGGCGGCUCUCAUGGACGUUCAACAGAUCAGCGACAUCACGGACAUUGAGAGUGAGGAUACGUUUGUGCGGCCCAUCUAUGCUGGAAAUGCAAUUUUGACGUUGCAGAGUAGUGACGCCACGAAGAUCAUCACGGUGAGAGGCACCGCGUUCCCAGCUGGUUCUGCCGAGGGAGGCAGUGCGAGUGUCGAGGAGGGAACGGAUCCAAAGGCGGCGUGUCCGGUGGAGUGGGUCAGCGAGGAUCUGGCGAAGAGCGAUCGACCGGAUCUGGCGACUGCUGAGAAGGUCGUGUCGGGAGGGCGAGGUCUGAAGUCGAAGGAGGAGUUUGAGAAGAUUAUGCCGCCGCUUGCUGAUGCGCUGGGAGCUGCCAUCGGGGCUAGUCGUGCGGCUGUGGACUCGGGCUUUGCCGACAACAGUCUGCAGGUUGGACAGACGGGGAAGAACGUUGCGCCGCAGUUGUAUCUGUGUGCGGGUAUCUCUGGUGCCAUUCAACAUUUGGCUGGCAUGAAGGAUUCGAAGGUUAUUGCUGCGAUUAACAAGGACCCGGAUGCGCCGAUCUUCCAGGUGGCUGACGUUGGACUUGUUGGGGAUCUGUUUGAGAAGGUGCCAGAGCUUACUGAGAAGCUUAAGAAGGCAUAG